AUGGUCUCCAACAGCAGCCUUUUACGCCUUGUUCAACUUCAAAGGCUUAAUCUUGCUGAUAACAACUUCAAUUUCUCCCAGAUCCCAUCUGAAUUCAGCCGUCUUUCUCGUUUGACAUAUCUCAACCUCUCCAAUUCAUUGUUUUCUGGCAACAUUCCAUCAAAGUUCUCAGACCUUUCCAAGUUAACAUCCCUUGAUUUUUCAUAUAAUUCUAGUCUACAUCUAAGAAGCCUAAAGGAUUUAGUUCAAAACUUAACCGGCCUAAAAGAUCUACGUCUCAGGUACGUUCAAAUAUCAUCUCCAGUGCCUGAAAUCUUAUCAAAUUUAUCUGGUUUGACAACACUCUAUUUGGUUGGUAACGGAUUUUAUGGAGAAUUCCCAGUAGGAAUUUUUAAGCUACCAAAGCUACAGGAUCAUAGGGUGACUUUCAAUGAAGAUCUCACGGGUUCUUUGCCAGAAUUCUGCUUUAGCAGCCCUCUUAAAAUCUUAUGGCUUUGGGAUACUGCUUUCUCUGGGAAACUGCCGGCUUCAAUUGGAAACCUUGAUUCCUUGAAAGAACUGUACAUUGGGGUCGGUAAUUUCUGGGGUAGCACUCCACCUUCAAUUGGUAACCUUACAAGACUCACUACUUUGUUAUCAGGAUCAAUUCCAGAUUCAUUUGGUAACCUUACUCAACUUACUCAUCUAGGCCUUUCCCAAAACUUUAUCAGAAUUUUGGACCUUAGGUUCAACAAGCUACAAGCGUUACCCCAAAUUCCACCGCCAGCCACUACGGUUUAUUUGGUUGCAAACAACAUGAUUCAAGAACAAAUUCCAUCACAGAUCUGUAGCCUUAGUUCUCUGUCUUCCAUUGACUUGUCCAACAACAAAUUCAGAGGCAUACUUCCUGAUUGUUUGAGAAACUUCAGUAGCUCGUUGAGCAUAUUGAAUCUUCGAGGCAACAUUUUUCAUGGUGUGAUUCCUCAACUAUGUGCAAAAGGAAGUAUAAUAAAGAUGAUUGACUUGAGCCAAAAUCAAUUCACAGGGAUUCUUCCAAGAUCAUUGUCAAAUUGUGGAAUGCUAGAGAUUUUGAAUCUUGGAAGCAAUCAGUUGAAAGAUGUUUUCCCUUCAUGGUUGGGAACACUUCCUGAACUAAGCGUACUUAUUCUGCGACAUAAUGGAUUCCAGGGGGUGGUGGGGAGUCCUACAACAAUGUUUGAAGCUCCCAAGUUGCACAUUCUUGAUCUCUCCGCAAAUAAAUUUACAGGUUUUUUCAUGCAUGAAUAUUACCCUUACUCAAUGGUAAUAACAAACAAAGGCCAGGAAACUAUAUACUCUAAGAUCAUUGAGGCCUUGGCAAUUAUUGAUCUUUCAAGCAAUGAAUUCAUUACAGAAAUUCCAGAAUUCAUUGGCAGUUUAAACGGGUUCCAGUUGCUUAAUCUUUCUAAGAAUAACCUUACUGGUCAUAUCCCGAUAUCAUUAGGAAACCUAACAACGUUGGAGUGUUUGGACAUUUCUCAAAACAAGCUCUCAGGACAAGUACCUUGGCAACUUACACAACUCAUUUUCCUUGCUUCCUUCAAUGUCUCACAUAACCAACUUACAGGACCUAUACCAUAUGGUAAACAGUUUAAUACAUUUGACACUAGUUCAUUUGAUGGAAAUUUGGGAUUAUGUGGAUACCCAUUGUCAAAGAAGUGUGAAAAUCUUGAGCCUGCUGCUCUACCCACUUCAAACAUUGAAGAAGAUCAAGACUCAUGGUUUCACAUUGAAUUUGAUUGGAUAAUAGUCCUAAUGGGAUAUGGUAGUGGCGGGCUUGUAAUUGGGGUGGUUGUUGGAAUCAUUGUGUUAAAGAAGAACCAACAUUGGUUUAGAACUUGGAAGAGGCAACUUUGUUAG